GCGCGUAAUGGCCCCUGCGAGACCGCCCCCCGCGGCUUGGCUCUGCCCUUUUGCCUCCUCCCCCUGGAGAGACGCGGAAACCGGCAGCAGAAUUUCAAGUCUUCAUAACUGAAUUAGGUGACUUCUUGAUGACUUAAAAAUGGAUCCCUUAUCAUUCAUAGUUAAAAAUCCUGAAGCAUCCAGUGAUGGCUCAAUAGAUUUCAGUCUUCAUCUAGUAGGUUGUCUUUCUGUACACUCUCUAACGACUAUGCCAGUACUCCCUUGGAUCGUGGCAGAGAUUCGGCGGCUCAGCACACAGUCCUUGAAGGAAGAGCCCAGCACCAGCCAAAUCCGGCUUUAUAUCUCACCAGCAAGACUGAGAUGUGAAGCAGACACAGGAAAAAGCCAGCAAUGGGAUCCUCUGAUUUGUGCCAGCCUGUUUGAGUGUAGGCCACAGCAAGUUCACAAACUGAUUCACAACAGUCAUGAUCCAAGUUACUUUGCCUGCUUAAUAAAAGAUGGAGCAGUAAAUCUGCAAAGUACCUGUUAUGUAUUCAAAGCUGAGGAUCAAACAAAAGUGCCUGAGAUUAUAAGCACCAUCAGACAAGCUGGGAAGAUUGCACGUCAGGAAGAGUUUCAGAGUAACCUUUCAGAUGUUGAAGAUCCUUUUAGCAAAAAAUUUGAGGUGCUAUUCUGUGGUCGAGUGACAGUAGCGCACAAAAACGCACCUCCAGCACUCAUAGAUGAAUGUAUUGAAAAAUUUAAUGAUGUUAGUUAUACCAAAAACUUGGACUCUGGUUCAUUUUCCCAACAACAUGAAACUGCCCACCACUCUGGAGGAUUUUCUAUAGGUGAUAAAUUCCGAUCUGUCUUCCAACCCUUGGUUAAUGAAGAACAGGAAAAAAGACCGAUGAGGAAAUCCUAUUCUCAGCCUGGACUGCGUUCAUUUUCUUUCAAGAAAGAUUUGCAAACCGGGAACCUGAGGAGUAACAGCUUUGCCAGAUCCUUUGAUGAUGAUGUGGUUUCUCUGAAUUUAAAAAGUCGAUUUAUCCAUGGACAAAAUGUGCAGCCUACAGAUAUUGCAGGGAACCGGAUUAUGUUAUUCACGAUUGGCCAGUCUGAAGUUUACAUCAUCAGUCCUGACACCAAAAGAGUAGUUAUUGAGAAAAGCUUUAAGGAAAUUUCUUUUUGCUCUCAGGGAAUUAGACACGUGGAUCACUUUGGAUUUAUCUGCAGAGAAGCUUCAGAAAACAGAGGCUUCCAUUUUGUCUGUUAUGUGUUUCAAUGUACAGAUGAAGCCCUGGUUGAUGAGAUCAUGAUGACUUUGAAACAGGCUUUCACAGUGGCUGCUGUCCAACAAACCUCAAAAGCACAAUUCCAGCUCUGUGAAGGAUGCCCCAUGCAGAGUCUUCAUAGACUCUGUGAAAAGAUAGAAGGGAUGCAUCCUUCUAAAACUAAACUAGAACUCCAAAAACAUUUAACAACACUGAACAACCAGGAGCAGGCCUCAAUCUUUGAGGAAGUUCAGAAAAUAAGGCCAAGAAAUGAACAGAAGGAGAAUGAGUUGAUAAUCUCUGUCCUUAGAAGUAUAUAUGAAGAAAAACAAAAGGAUCACAUUCACCUUGCUGAAGCCAAACUGACCUCACAGUCUUCAGUAGAGACCAUGGGAAAUGAGAUGCCAAGCAGCACACCCCGGUUCAGACUGGAUAUGUUGAAGAGCAAAGCUAAAAGGUCGCUAACGGAGUCUUUAGAAAAUAUAUUGUCCCGAGGAAAUAAAACCAAAAGUCAACUGGAAAGUUCUGGAAGUAUUGACUUGGACAGCUCCUUAUCCAGCACACUAAGUAAUACAAGUAAAGAAGCAUCUCUAUGUGAGAGAGAAGAUCUCCUUCCCCCAGAGAGUCCUCUGAAGACAAAUGGAUCAGAAGACAAUCUCUCAAGUGAGCCUGAAAGCCCACCCACUGAACAGGCUGCAAAAUCAGCCCACCAGGGCUUUAGACGGCGAGCUAAUACCCUGAGCCAUGUGCCAACUGAAAGCCAGGAGUUCUCAGAACCUACUGAAGCAUCUCCAUCUGUUCCUCAAAGGAAACUUAUGAGGUAUCAUUCUGUGAGCACAGAGACUCCUCACCAGCAAAACAGCUCUAAAACUGCUUCCGAUCAGUCACCAUCAGUUCCUCCUCCUCCAGCUCAUCUUAAUCCCUCGGCCUCCUCACCCAAUUUGUUAAAACAUCUUAGACAUAAUUCAAGUGGAGAACCAAGCAGGCGUGCUGUGCCAAAGAGCACCUCCUACCGUUCUGCUCUACGGAAAAAGCUUCACUCUUCCUCUUCUGUGCCAAACUUCUUAAAAUUUCUGGCUCCUGUAGAUGAAAAUAACACCUCUGACUUUAGGAACACAAAAAGUGACUACAAGCCCAAGUCAAGUGAAGCAGAUUUUGUCCAUGAAAGCCCUGUGAGGACCCGGCGGCAUUCAUGGAGACAACAGAUAUUCCUGAGAGUGGCAACACCACAGAAAGGAUGUGAUUCUUCAAGUUGGCACGAUGACUACUCUGACUUGGGAGAACUUCCACCCAGAUCACCAUUACAACCAGUUUGUGAAGAUGGCCCCUUUAGGACAGUCAAAGAAGAAAGGAAACGAACAUCCAAGGAGCUUCGGGAACUGUGGCAAAAGGCUAUUCUGCAGCAGAUAUUACUACUUAGGAUGGAAAAGGAAAACCAAAAAUUGCAAGCUUCUGAAAACAAUCUGCUAAAUAAACGUCUGAAGCUGGAUUAUGAGGAAAUCACCCCAUGCCUUAAAGAAGUAACAUUGGUCUGGGAAAAAAUGUUGGUAUUGCCAGGAAGGUCAAAGAUGAAGUUUGACAUGGAAAAAAUACAUUCUGCUGUUGGGAAAGGAGUCCCUCGACAUCAUCGGGGUGAGAUCUGGAAGUUUUUAGCAGAACAGUACCAACUUAAACAUCAGUUUCCAAAUAAACAGCAACCAAAGGAUACACCUUACAAAGAACUCUUAAAACAAUUAACCUCCCAGCAGCAUGCGAUACUUAUUGAUCUAGGCCGCACCUUUCCAACACAUCCAUAUUUCUCGGCUCAGCUUGGAGCUGGGCAGCUGUCACUCUACAAUAUCUUGAAGGCCUAUUCCCUCCUGGAUCCAGAAGUAGGCUAUUGCCAGGGCCUUAGCUUUGUAGCAGGUGUGCUAUUGCUUCAUAUGAGUGAAGAAGAGGCUUUCAAGAUGCUCAAGUUCCUUAUGUUUGACAUGGGCCUUAGGAAGCAGUAUCGACCUGACAUGACAAUUUUACAGAUCCAGAUGUAUCAACUUUCUCGACUUCUUCACGAUUACCACAGAGAUCUCUACAAUCACUUUGAAGCACAUGAAAUUGGUCCAAGCCUGUAUGCUGCCCCCUGGUUUCUUACAAUGUUUGCCUCUCAGUUUCCCCUGGGAUUUGUGGCUAGAGUAUUCGACAUGCUAUUCCUCCAGGGCUCAGAAGUUAUAUUUAAAGUGGCUUUAAGUCUACUGGGAAGCCAUAAGCCUUUGAUUCUGCAGCAUGAAAACCUGGAAACUAUAGUUGAUUUCAUUAAAAGUAUUCUCCCAAACCUGGGCUUGGUACAGAUGGAAAAGACAAUCAACCAGGUUUUUGAGAUGGAUAUUUCCAAACAGUUGCAAGCUUAUGAAGUUGAAUACCACGUACUUCAGGAUGAAUUGAUAGAUUCGUCUCUCAAUGACAAUCAGAGGAUGGACAAAUUAGAAAAAGCCAACAGUAGUUUACGUAAACAAAACUUUGACCUCCUUGAGGAGCUGCAGGUGGCAAAUGGAAAGAUCCAAAACCUACAGGUCAUGGUUGAGACUUUGCUUAACAAUGAAGGCAAACUGAAGCAGACAAUUCUCACCCUAGAGCUGGAGAGGAAAGCAUUGCUGGAAACAGUCAAGGAGCUGCACGCCACAAGCCCCAGUGGAAAAGCUCUGCUUACGAGACAAGAGAAUAUGGACGCUGCUAACUGACAGUUGCAGACAUACUUGAGGUGGAAAACUUCAUACAGACAAAAAGGGAAGAACCAUUUUCUGAAGUCGCCACGAGAUUUUUCACAUUGUCCAUGCCUUAACUUCGGUUGCGUGAAACAAAGUCUUUGCACAAAAGAGAAGCAUGUUACUAACGGAGGGAACCCUUGCUUGUUCGUAUCUUAAAUUCUUUGAAUGAUACAAAUAUGCAAUAUAACAAGCAGAAGAACCUUUAUGCUGCCUUUCUUCUUUUUGCUUUUGACUGACACAUUUCCACUCCAUGGUAAACUUUUGUAGUUUACCUCUACAGUAAGUGCUUCUCUACCUAAGGGCUUUAUCUUGCUUACACAUUAAGCAUUUCGGAAGCUCUGGUGUAAACAUUGCUAUACAAAAGGUGCUGGACAAUUACAGCGUUAGGAGCUCCUGAAGUGAUUUCUUUUCCUUAUUUAAGGGGCUGCGAUAUAUUAAUCUGUGCUUGUGAUGCUUUUUUGUUGUUCUUUGCCUGAAGCUGAAGUGGGUUCCACUUAUUCACAUUGAAUUUUUAAAAACCCUAAUGUUGCCUGAAGACAUCAAUUAGCGAACCCCAGGGAGCCAAUGUAACCACAUAACUUUGGGAUUACUCGUCGUCUUUACAAAUGUGAUAUUUUAAUUAAGAUAUUUUUGUUUGUUUUUAACAUCCAACUUUAUAGCACGGUUUAACACCCUGAUAAAAUAGGUCAAGUUCAAGAUGCUACUACUUUCCCCCUCUCUAAUGUGUGUAUUGCUUAAGUCUGAAACUCUUGUGUCAUUAGGGUGGAGCAUGCUGUAAAGGGUCAAUUUAUUUAUUUAUUUUUGAAUCAUUGUGUCUUGUAAGCCUUUGGUUUCCAAGUGGGAAUCAAAUGAUUGUCACUUUAAUUUCAUUAGUUCAUUGGCACCCAACCCAUUCUUGAUGCAAUCAUGUUCUUCAGACUUUACCUUCUGAAACUGUGGAAGUACUCCCAAUGGUUGCUUGUACAAAAGCACAAUCCAAUAUGCCUCUUACUCAAAAGUAAGGUCCACAAAAGUGCCCCCUACUCCUUGGUAACUGGGUAUAGGGUUGCACUAUUAAAACCAUUUUACACACAAUAGUUGACUAUGUUUGAAAUAGGAGUACAGGUUCUAUCAUCAAGGCACCUUUUUGGGAAGGUGAUGCGUUUUAAAGAUCUUCAUAUCAAAAAAAGUAUUUUUAGGACAGUUAAAAGCACUUCAGAUACAAAUGCAAAUACUAUAGUAUUCAAUAGUAUGCAACAACAUUUACUAUACAAAAGGAUCAUUGGUAACAGACAUCUGUUUUGCUGGCUUGAAAAGUAGUCAUAUUACAAAUUACAUUUAUUUUAUAUCAAAAGUAGUUGACAAUAAUUAUAUCACACAGUGAAUUUCCAGUCUACAUUAAAGGUGAAAUCCAGAAAAAUGAAAACUUAUGGGGGUAUUUAUGAUUGACUCCAAUAGAACGUAGGCUGCACUUUCUGGGCAUAUCUGCAAUACAAACUUAAACUGAUUUAAUGGUAAUUCUUUCCCCCAAGAAACCCCCAGACUGCACUUCUGUGGGAGGGGGUAGGCUAGGGAUCUCUUAACAGAGAAUUUUCAGCACCCUUACUGCACUAAAUUCACUGGAUUUUUGAAAAGAAAUCGUAACAGUUAAACUGAUAUGUUAUAUUGUAGAUGCUGCCUAAGUAUCAUUUAUCAUUAUCAUGUUUAUUUGUAUGCCACCUUUUCAAAUUAUGAGGUGCAUCCAAUGUUAGUUCUACUUCAAAUAGACCCAUUGAAAUGAAUGGGAUUUAAAUUUGUCAGUUAAUAACUUUAGUUCUGUUCAUUUCAGUGGUCUGCUCUAAGUAGAACUAACAUUGGACACAAGCCUAAGCUCUUGUUUUAUGAAGGAGACAAUACGUUCCUUAAUUUCUAAAACUUUAAACUGGCUCCUUGAAAAGUUAUCCUUACAAAUUCACCACCUGGUUUUGCAUUCUUAAACAUUGGUAAUGACAGUCUAUUAUUAUUGUGUAUGUUGGGAGACAACUCAACAGUUCUUAUUUUUAUUAUUAAAUGAUAGUUUCAUUUUGGUUUCUUCAGAAGUUUAUUGUAUUUACUUUUUUGAGUACCCAGCAAUGUUGCAUAUGGAUAGAGGCAAUAACUGAUAUAUAGGCUUUUUAACACUAAAAAGAAAAACAAUAAAAAACAAAUAUAAUGAACUGCACCAAAUUCAUGUUGUGAUGCUCCAAAAUUCAGAGUAGCAUCUUCUGCAGGAUUAAAUACAAAUAUGACGUACCAGUCAACAGAGGAGUCCAUGAGCCCAUGGGACUUCUUCUUAAGGCUGUAUGGGCAGCAGGUUGGUGAGCCUUCGUACCCAGAGUUUCCCACUAUCAAAUGUCUUCUGGGUAACCAUCUCACAAAUGAGUUCACGUCCCUCAACUUGCAGUGAACCAAUCAUUGCCAAUAGCAGUCAACAGCUUCUUUGUGUGUGUGUGUGUGUGUGAUAAGACCUUCAGUCCAUCUAGGUUUACUUCCAGAUCAGAUGGGAGCUCACUGGUUGUAGAAAUAUUUCUAAUUAUAUUGUACUUUGAUCUCUACUUGUCUUGACUAAGGUAGGAAUUUCGAAGAUUUCUUGUGAGAGUAUAGGGUAUGUGUCAACUCCAUUAGCAUUCUUUCCCUUCACAUCAGAGACUGUGGGUACCUGAACCCAAGCCUUCCAAAGAACCCCCAU